UGACUGGUAAGACAGUCGAGCUCCAACCGAGAAACGGACCGGACCUUUCUCACACAAAAUUCAUUCCCGCGAACUGUUUAAAACACGUGACCCCCUUUUCCACUGAAUAAACACGCACGAAUGAGUGAAGUUGAUAAUUAAAUUCUCUAUGCUCAUAGCGCUGGAGCUCUUCAUAAAGUACGAAAAUAGAAGCAGGAAGGAACUGAAUUAAUAUGUGAUUAAGAGUUAAAUUAAUUUUCAUUCGGGAAAAUCUUAAGCCACAGAGCUGAAUUAUUAUUGAAGUUUCAAAUGUUGGUAAGAUGACGUCAAAUGCAAUUAAGGGAAUAAGGAGGAAGAAGAGCUCAUUGUGUGAAGUUAAAGUCGCUGUCAUUGGAGCACCUGGAGUUGGAAAAAGUGCCUUGACCGUGAGGUUCCUGACGAGAAGAUACAUUGGGGAGUAUGAUCAUCAGCAAGAGAACCGCUACAAGCACGAAGUGUUGGUGGAUGGUGAGCCGAUCCUCUUUGAAAUUUUAGACUCCUGUCCCAAGAGUGACGAUGAAAUGCCAACCAUGGAGACACUUCAAUGGGCGGACGGACUUUUGCUCGUUUACUCAAUAACUGACCGUGGUUCCUUCAACUUUGUAAGAAAAGCUAAACAAGCACUCGCUGUUGCUGACCCAGAGGCUGCUAUGCCGCUGGCCAUGGUUGGCAACAAAGCAGACAUGGUACACUUGAGGCAAGUCAGUACUGAGGAGGGUGAAAUUUUGGCUAAGGACUUUGAGUGCUGGUUCAGUGAAGUUACAGCUGCUGAACAGGUUGCACAAGUGGCUGAAUCAUUUCACGAGCUGUGCCGGGAGGUUCUAGCUGCUCGACGAAGAAAUAAACAAUCACUGUUGGAUCGAAUGCUGGGAAGCAAAGCAACACGUGCCUAUUCGCGUGGAAAAAGUGAUUCUGCACUUCCUAAAGAUUAAUCACAACAAACAAUAAUCAAUGAAUUACUUUUUUUAUGUACAGGAAUAAGAUUUUUCUACUGAUAGACUAAUGGUCAUCUGUAAUUGCCAAAGGAUUGAUGAUUUUUGUAUCUGAAUUCACCAAGUUUAUUAUUAAGCCCCUGAGAUAUGAGAAAAAUUAUAUUUAUUUUGUACUUAUGAAUAACUUGUGAUUAUAAAAAUUAUAUAUUUAUUUAAACGA